GUGGAGCUGUUGUGCUCUGUCUCUGCCUUUGUAACAGAUAAAUAAGCUUAAACGGAGGACCAGUGUAAAAGCGACUUACCCAGGAUGACAUGAUGAAGACAAAGACGCUAUUUUCACUUCAAAUCCUUGUCGCCGUUUCCUCUUUGCUAAAAAUGUUAGCUCGGCUAACCAAGCAAGCUAGCAUACUGCUGUGACUUCUCAAGUCAGAGGAGGAGUGCGUCUCGAUGGCUUCAACUUCUGCGGCUGAAAAUGUGACAUGGUGUGAAGAUGACAGGUGCCUGGUCCCUGACCCAAGAGAUGGCAGUCUGCGAGACACCACCAUUAGGCGACUGAUCUCCACCUCCCAUGAUAAUGAUACGACAGCAUGGGUGACGUUCACUGAUGGUGGUAGAGAUGAAAAGGAGGAACCUGUGCCUGUCUCCAAACUUCAGAGGCAUGGCUCAGAUCACUUCACCCAGGAGAAACCUGUGUUUCCCAGUAGCAUCAUAGACCCGAGGCUGUGUGUCCCUUUAGAGCUGAGUGAUGUUGAGGGAGACAGAGUCCCCUACACCAUCAACAGAUACCUGAGAGAUUACCAGAGAGAAGGCAUUAGGUUCAUUUACAAAAGCUAUAUCCGUUCCAGAGGUUGUAUCCUAGGAGAUGACAUGGGCCUGGGAAAAACUGUGCAGAUCAUUGGUUUUCUAGCUGCUGUGUUGCACAAAACAGGCACAUGGGAUGACAUUGAGAACAACAGGCCUCAGUUUCUGCAGAGCCAGAAGCCCUCCAGACAAAGUAAACCCAACAAAGUGUUCCUCAUUGUGGCCCCUCUCUCAGUCCUUUAUAACUGGAAAGAUGAACUAGACACAUGGGGCCACUUCCAAUGUGUGGUGGUCCAUGGGCUUAGGAAAGAUGAGGAGUUGGCUCGCAUCAACAAGGGACGCACAGAGAUAGCUCUCACUACCUAUGAGACUCUGCGGCUCAGCCUUGAUCAGUUUAACAACAUAGACUGGUCAGCUGUGAUUGUGGAUGAGGCCCACAAAAUCAAAAAUCCAAACUCUCAGAUCACUCAGGCCAUGAAGGAGCUAAGAUGUAAGGUCAGAAUUGGCCUCACUGGCACCAUCUUACAGAACAACCUGGAGGAGCUGUGGUGUGUCAUGGACUGGGCCAUUCCAGGGUGUCUUGGCAACUUGGGACAUUUCAAGAACAAGUUUUCAGAUCCAAUUGAACAAGGCCAGAAGCACAGUGCCACCAAACGUGCUCUCGCUACAGGCAGGAAGACUGUCAGAACUCUGGUCAGGAAGAUUUUUCCCUUUUUCCUCAGACGGACCAAAGCUCUCAUCCAUGACCAACUUCCAAAGAAAGAUGACAGAGUAGUGUAUUGCUCACUCACAGACUUUCAGCGGACUGUUUAUCAGACGGUGCUGGACACUGAAGAUGUGACGUUACUGCUGAGGUCAUCAGAGAAAUGUCACUGUCAGAGUGGACGCACCCGCAGAAGCUGCUGCUAUCAAGCUAACUUGGAAGGUGUUAACAUGAAGGGGCUCUACUUUAGUUAUUUGGCCAUAUUGAGGAAAGUUGCCAAUCAUGUUGCGCUGCUUCAGCCCACUGCAUGCACCAGCAAGAAACAGGAAAAGUAUGUUGGAAGAGUUUGUGCAAAGGUAUUCCAGAAGUUUCCAGGGUUUGUGCAGAGAUGCAAAGAUGAAGCAUUUGAAGCCUUAUCGGACCCCAUGUACAGUGGAAAGAUGAAGGUGUUACAAAAGCUGCUGAAGUUUUACCUUAAAAAGAAGGAUAAAGUACUUCUUUUUUCUCUCUCAACAAAGCUGUUAGAUGUGCUGGAGAGCUACUGCAUGGCAGAGGGGCUGGAUUACAGCAGGUUGGAUGGCACCACCAGAUCCAAAGAAAGAGUCCAGAUUGUCAAAGAGUUCAACAGCUCCUCUCACAUCAACCUCUGCCUUGUUUCCACCAUGGCAGGGGGGCUUGGUCUUAACUUUGUUGGAGCAAAUGUUGUGGUUCUCUUUGACCCCACGUGGAACCCAGCCAGUGACCUCCAAGCUAUAGACAGGGCAUAUCGUAUUGGCCAGUGUAGGGAUGUGACUGUCCUCAGGCUCAUCUCAUUAGGAACGGUAGAAGAGGUGAUAUACCUCAGACAAAUUUACAAACAGCAACUGCAGAGCUCUGUUGUGGGUAAGGAGAGCGCACGGCGCUACUUUGAAGCAGUGCAGGGGCAUGGUGUCCAUAAGGGGGAGCUAUUUGGGAUCAAAAACAUCUUCAGGCUGCAAAUUGAAGGAACCUGCUUGACACGCAAGAUAUUAGAGAGAGAGGGACAAGUGGAGGCUGGGAUAAUGACAGCCAGCACACACAUGGGUGAAGAAAAGGAGGAAGAGGCGAAGGGAGCUAGCGAUACUGGAGAGCACCUGCCUACAGAUUGCCCUGCACCAUCUGCUGUAUCAACCAAGGAGAACAGAGCUGCAUCAAUGGUCUCAAAGGGAGUGCUGGACUUCAGCAGUGGGAGUGAAGUGGAUGAAGAGGAGCAGGGAUUUAAGAGGAAGGUGUCAAACCCUAGUACAGUGGAUGGCAACAAAGGUGGAAAUGCAUCCUCUAGUCCUGGUCGAAUGAGUCUUCUCCAGCACGGUUUCUCCAAACUCCUAGAAAGGGUUAAAGGAAAACCAGAGUUAGGUGAAGAAGACAGUAGCCCUUCUAUCGAGGACAGCCUCUCUGAGGAAGAUGAUGAGGAUAAAAAGAGGGGGGGUACCUCUUCUGUAACCUGCAAGAGCUCCAAUAGAGGAAAUGAUGUCUGUUUACCUAAAGUAGGAACAAAAACCCGGGACUUCUUCAGCAGUUCAGACAGAAAAGGGGAGAUUGUCAAAAAGAGUGAUGAUGCUGGAAGAAAGGGGCAAGAUCUGAAAAAACAAGCAGAUGAGAAAACUACUACUGUUUUGCCUACAGACAGAACAAAACCUUGCAAACUCAAAAGACCACUUUCAAAAGUGCAUCACUUUAAGAGAUACUCCGAUGAAUCGGACGAUUUGGGCACAGAUGCUUUGAAAAGGCCUAAGAGUGCAGCUUUAGAUCCACACAACAGAGGAGGAGAUGGAGAGAAAGGAAAGCUGGGCCGCAACAGAAAGAGGCAAAGUUCUAGUGCGAGAAACAAGGCCAGCUCUAAAUACACUGAAGACAGAGAGACAUUCUCAUCUUCAGAGGAUGAGCACACUCCUGCCAAGAAAGGAAGAUCCCCAGGAUGUUUUAGCAAAUCUCCACAGAUAGGAAGAUCUAAAGAUGAGGCCGGGCAAAGAACUGCAACAACCAGCAGGACAGAGAGAAGAGCGGAGACACCCAAAGCUGUUUCAUUCACAAAUCUGAAAAGUCAAACAUCACAGAUUACAAAAGGAAAAGAUGGAACUAUUGACAGUGUGCUAGGAGGUGUACAGGAGGUGGCAUAUACCCACUCUAACCAGCGUGUGGUUGGAGGGAGCAAAGCAGAGGAGCUGAUCAGCAGAGCAGCUGUACGAGAUGUGUUUGAACGCAAGAUGUACUCCCAGCUCCCAGCCAAUCACCUUCUAGGCUCCAUGGAGAGCCUGUUAGAGAGCCCACCAGACAGUCCUCUACACCCUUCUCCUGUCAGACUAAAGAGACCCAGUGUGAACCAUCCAGUCACCUUCACCAAGAAGCUCGUGCACCAGACCAGACACACUACCUUCAUCAUUGGAGAGACCCCCCAGGCAAUAUGCAGGCAGCAGCUGGAAGAAAUGGCAAAAAAAAUUGGAUUUUCUUCUGUACAUCAAUUUGCAAAAGAGAUUCUGCAAAGAAAGUCAACCCAAAGACUUGACUGGUUGCAACAGUAUUACAUGUCACUAAACCAUCCUGACCUGGCUGAUAUAGUCACAAACAACUUCCCACAACCAGAUGUAGGGAAGGCCUCUUCCUCAUCAUCUACUAAAGCAGCUACCAAGUCUCACUCAGAUACCAGAACCCCACAAAAGGAUGUUGCGAAAGCCAUUAAAAGGCCUAGAUACACAAAGAAGAAUCCUGAAGCCCAAAACAACCCACAAAACAAUGUUUCUGUGCCACAGAAACAGUCUAGAAACCCACUAAAAGAACCUCAAGGACCCCAGAAAAAGCAAAAGAUUCAACAAAAGACUGUUCAAGAGCCUGAGAGUGAUGUUUCUAGCCUGGAGUCAGAGGAUCAGUGGGAGGAUGUUUGCAGUGCCAGAGGAUAUCAGAGGAGAAAGAGGGUUAGUGUUUCUACGUCUGGAGCAUUCAGAGCUGGUGGUGGUCUUGGCUUGGAGCAGGCCAGCAGCAGUGGUCUGGUGUCUAGGGAGGCUGCUGCUUCCCUGAACCGCACACACAUAGAUAUCCCUUUUUCUGCGGACCUCAGCCAUGGCAGGUCGGCAGUGAUGUCCAAACCCACAGUGCAGGGAAGGGAGAAAGAGCAAAAACUGUCUUCAAGAACCAGUGAACCUUUUCAAGACCAGGGAGAAAAUCCUCCUUCUCCUCCUCCUGCACAGGCUGCUUCUAUCUCCAGUCAUCAUUCCUUCCUCACAGAUCUUAUAGGAGACACUUCAGUCCUCGAUGAUUUGUUGAAACCAAGACCUAGGGGUGCACAACAAAAAGGCACCCUGAAAACACCCCCCACAUCAUCGUCAGUGUUAGAAAGCAAACAUCUCAACACCUCGUCUCCAUCCAGACUCUCUUUAGAAACUGAUUUAGGUUCAGCUCAGUCUAACACAGCAGCAAAGAGCGGCCGCAAAGACUUCUGGGACAUCCUCAAUGAGGGUAAUGAAGAAAGUAUCAAUAGAUUAACAGAUCUGGCAGAAGUUCAGAGGGUUUGCAUCAACACGAACUUUGCAGCUAAAAAAACGUCAGAAGGAGAGGAGAAAAAGACUCUUUGGAAGACUAACGACAAGUUCUUGUGGAAGAAAUGACAGAAGAGACAACAAUGGUGUCCAACUUCAGAAUUUAAUUGUUGUAUCUUUUUUCUUUGGCAGGGCUCCUGGUGUUUGAAAAUACUUGAAUUGAUAGUGGCUACAGGUUUUUUUGUCUCAUAUUUUAAGAUAUUGUUCUUAUUGUUUUAAAUGUUUUUACAUUUGUAACUUUUUAAAAUGUUAUUUUAUUUACCUCUGUUUAAAAAAAUCUGCAUUUAUAUUUUAGUUUUUAUUUUAAAUGUGGGCUGUCUGUUGCCUUAUUAAACAUGAUGUAAAUCACUCUGGAGAAAGAAUGACAUUUUAUAAGAAUUUUGUUUUUUAUGAUUGAUUUAGAAAUGCACUGAUGGCAAAAAUCAGAGUUUAUACUGAUUUUUAGAAUAAUAUAUUAGCCAGUAGCAAUGUAUUUUUCAUCACUUCUUGUGGUGUAAGACUCCCACUAUGGCAAUCUUUUUUCCUCAUGUUUGUCCAUGAAAGCAGAUGGAAUAUGUGCAACAGAUGACUUCUUUUGCCCAGUAACAAAUGUUUGAUUCAGCAGUAAGAUGUGCUAGAUAUAAGCAUCAAUCUGAUUGGAAACACAACACAAGAAUGCUGGCUUCUGAUAUUUUUUUUAUCUCACACUAUUGGUCGAUAGCAGAUGUUAAACCAAUGCAUCUGUGCGUCCCUAAAUUCAUUCAUGUAUUUUUUGUCAUGCACCAAUCAGUCACAACAUUAUGGCCAUGUCAUGAAAUGCAACACAUUGGUUCUAGCAUAAAUUCUACUCUAAUAAAACGACAGUACAUGUUCAGGCGGAGGUUUAGCACAGAACUAAGAGUGUAUUCUGGUCUUAUUUGCCACAGCUGAAUCUGCAAAUGUAAUUUUCCCAAAACCUUAGUCUGGUUUUAUCCCUGAUAAAGCCAUUAGUGAGGAUGGGUGUUUUUGAAUUAGGAACUCCACAAUUCUUUCAAGACACUCAGCUACCUUCAACCAGAGGAUGAUAACAAAGGACAUUCUUAAAAAGCAUGUAAGUGCAAAGGUGCAGUAAGAAUUCAUUGACUUCAUUAUUAAAAAUAAACACUAGAGCUACUGCCUGAUGGUUAUGUGAGUUGCAAAGUUUACAGUUUCCAGACAGUGAAAGUAAAAUUAUAGAUCAGAAAGAAGGGCUGUGGUCUUCUUGGUGGUGGAAAUGUUGUAAGCAAUGGCUGACCAUGAGGCCUAUUGAACCUUGACCUCCCAAAUCUAACUGGUUUAUCCUUAAGUCAGAGUGGACGUCUGCAAAAAUUGAAGAAAACCCAUUAAACUGCUCUUGAGGUAUUGAUUUCACAAGCAAGGGAUUUGCA